CAUACUUGGGCCUGGAAAUCGGAGGAGGGGAAUCAACAUGACAGAAGGGGUGCCAGUUCCGAGCUCAGAGCAUGUAGCUGAAAUUGUUGGAAGGCAGGGUUGCAAGAUUAAAGCUUUGCGAGCCAAAACAAAUACUUACAUCAAGACCCCAAUACGAGGAGAGGAGCCAAUUUUUAUUGUGACUGGCCGAAAAGAGGAUGUGGAAAUGGCUAAAAGAGAGAUUCUGGCAGCUGCUGAGCACUUCUCUAUUAUAAGAGCCACACGCAACAAGGCCAGUGGAAUUCCAGGUGCCACACAAAGUCCUCCUAGCUUACCUGGUCAAACCACAAUACAAGUUCGUGUUCCCUACCGAGUUGUAGGUUUGGUAGUGGGACCUAAGGGGGCAACCAUCAAGAAGAUCCAACAGAGUACUCACACCUACAUUGUAACACCCAGCCGAGACAAAGAACCAGUUUUUGAAGUCACAGGUAUGCCAGAGAAUGUAGACCGAGCACGGGAAGAAAUAGAAGCACAUAUUAGUAUGAGGACAGGGGCUAUGGUAGACAUUCUUCCAGAUAAUGAUUUCCACUCCAAUGGUACAGAUGUUUGCAUGGACCUGCUUGGUGGAAGCUCUGCCAUGUGGGCAAAAACAUCAGCUCCUCGGCGAGGAUCUAGUGGCUCACGCAUUGAAACCCUGAGUAGUUCAUCUGGAGAGAGUCUCUAUUGUGGUACAACAGGCAGGGAACAGUGUCAAGAUAAUCCAUUUAGACCAAUGCUAGGUGGAGGUUUUCCAGUGGCUGCGGAACCACAUAGGGUGCCUCCACCACUGGGCACUGAGGAUUCUGAAUUUGGUUUUGAUUUCUUAGCGCUAGAUCUUAGCACACCAACUGCAAUUUGGUCAUCCUUUGAACCUAAUGGACGACAACUUCAGAGCUUUACUGAAUGUCCAGUGCAGCGGAAGCACAGUUGCAGUGGAACUCCAAGGCUUUCACCAACCCUGCCUGAGUCAAGCCUUGGACUAGAGCAUCCUUUAGCACGUCGGAUACAUAGUGACCCUGUCAGUGGGGUUUCCUGGCUGCCACCCCAAGGCUCAUUGUCAUCCUUCUCCAGCAGCACUGGCUAUUCCUCGUCUUCCUCACUCCCUGGGAGCUCCUCUGCUGCAUCAGGUUCUCCAACUGAUUCAAGCAGCUCAGAAGGUCAACGCAAGAGUGUGAGGGACUGUGUUGUAUGCUGUGAAAGUGAGGUAAUUGCUGCCCUCGUGCCAUGUGGACACAAUCUUUUUUGCAUGGAAUGUGCCAUAAGAAUCUGUGAACGGGAAUUACCAGAAUGCCCAGCCUGCCAUGCUCCUGCAACACAAGCAAUACGUAUCUUCUCCUAGCUUCAGAAACAGUUAAUAACACUAAAACUAAACCAACAAAUAUAGCGUUGCUGAAACUUAUUGUCUGGAUUAUGUGUGUUAACAAUAUAUAGUUUUUAAGCAAACUAUUUUAAUUAUUAUUUAACAUAUCAGGA